AUGUCUGCUAUCUCAAUCUCAAACUUCAACAAUUUAAGAUUUGUUCUCACUGGAUUUCCUGGCCUAGAAGUUCACUAUCUCUGCAUCUCCAUCCCUUUCUCCAUCAUCUACGCUAUGGUUUUCCUGGGAAACUGCAUGGUGCUGCAUGUGAUUCGGACUGAGGUGAGCCUGCACCAGCCCAUGUUCUACUUCCUGGCCAUGCUGGCCCUCACUGACCUGAGCAUGGGACUAUCCACCGUGCACACAGUUCUGGGGAUCCUGUGGGGCUUCAUUGGAGAGAUCAGCUUGGAUUCCUGCAUUGCCCAGUCGUAUUUCAUCCACGGUCUGUCUUUCAUGGAGUCUUCUGUCCUGCUCGCUAUGGCUUUUGACCGCUAUAUUGCCAUUUGCAACCCAUUACGCUAUUCCUCCAUCCUAACUAAUGACAAAAUCAUGAAAAUUGGGGUGACAAUCCUAUGUAGGAGCUCUUUGCUCAUAUCUCCAGCCAUUAUCUGUCUGAGGUUUUUAAAUUAUUGCCGUCCUCACAUCCUUUCUCACUCCUUCUGCCUUCACCAAGACUUACUAAGGCUCUGA